AUGAACACGUACGCGUGUAUAUGUAUCUUAUUCCACUUAUUGAUUAUUGAAAAACGAGUCACAGCAAUAACACCAACAACCACAACUACACCUCUGGAGGAUGAAUUAUCAAAUCCUACAUCUCGAUUACUAGUUAUUUUAAUCGACGGAUUACGAUGGGAUGUAGUAGCCAAUCAUUUAGAAAAAGAUACUAGUGAAUUUGGAUUUAAAAAACUACAAAGAAAUGGUGCAUACUUGGAACGCUUCGCGCCUGUAUUCCCUGCAGAAUGUUAUCCAAAUAUUUACUCGUUGUUUACAGGUCGGCAUCCAGUUGAUCAUGGAGUCAUUCUACCUACAACAUUCGGCCAACAUACGACAAUUGAUGGUAAACCUAUUCGUUUACAAGCAGAAGGUCUUUGGGAGACAGGAGCGAAACAAAAUAAAGGUGUUCAUCUUUAUCACUUGCCAACGUGUUCAGCUGAGUCAGAUUCCCAGGGUGAUAACAGUUGGUUCUGUGAACCAUAUAAUCCAAGCCAUAUGAAUCCUAUCAGUUUGAAUUUUACAAUACAAAGAGCUAUAGACGGUCUGCGUAAUGGAAGUGCAAAUUUAGCAGUGGUUUAUUACGAUGAACUGGAUCGAAUCGGGCAUCGAUAUGGUCCGUUAUCUGAUGAAUUACUUAACAAACAUUGGAUUUACUUGGAUAAUGUAGUAGAUCAUGCAUUGAAGAUUGUUGAAUCUGUUCCAAAUUUGAAUUUAAUUAUCACCUCAGAUCAUGGAAUGGCACCAGUUUCACGUAUGACUUAUGUUGAUCGUUAUCUUAAAGGAUCGGAGUUAAGCAGGGUACUCAAUCGUGGAAGUACAAUGUGGUUAUGGCCUAAACCUAAUUUUGAAGCACGUGUGUAUAAUCGUUUGAUCAGCCAGCAAAGCAAGGCGUCCUUCACUGUAUACAAUUCAUCAACUGUCCCUCUACAUUGGGAAAUGAAAAGCAGUGAUGACAAUAAUAAUCUUUUGUUCCCACCGAUUCUGUUACUCGCUUCCCCUGAUUACAUAUUCAAUUCAACUGUUUGGCCAUUGAAUAUGAGUCAUUAUCAUUUGGAUAAAAUUAAAGGUAUGCACGGAUAUGAUCCCGACCUACCGGAUAUGCAUAUCCCAUUGUUCAUAUAUGGUCCAAUGUCAAAUCGUGGUUUCCGUAUGAAUUACACGCAAGAGAUUCGUCCAAUUCAUAUACACAGUUUAAUGGCUUAUUUGGCGUCAAUCGACUUAUCAUCAAGCGAUCACCAAUCACUCAAUCACUUCACCUCACUACUAAUAAGUAGUAAUCAUGAAUCAGACAAAGCAUCAUUUAUCGACUCUGCAUACUGGUUGGAUAAAUCAUCAUUUUCUUUUUCUCUCUUGAAUGGUGUACGUUCUAUGCCAAUCAUCUUAAUUAUCACCAUCGUACUGGCAUCUUCCUUUGUAGUGAUUAUCAGUGUGACAAUAUUGAUAUACAUGAAGUGUCGAACAUGCAUCUUCACUACACCUGUAGUCUAUCAAGAUGAAUUGAAUAAGGAGUUAGUCAAAUCAGAAGUACUACCCGAUGCCUGA